AUGAUUGCUUUUAUAUCACUAUGGGUAUUAUGUAUAAUUAAUGUUAUGGCUUAUUGUAUUAGUUUGAAUAAAUAUAAAUUUAUAAAAUCAUAUAAUUUAUAUAGUAAAAGAAAACAUCAACAAAAUGUAUUAUAUGGAAUUCCGAGGAUGUAUAAAUGGCUAACUUCUUAUUACCCAACAGUGAGAGAAGAAUUAAUAAAUAAUGAGAAACAAAAAUCAGUUGAUAUUUUUUAUAUUGAUAUGAAUGGAGUUAUACACCACUGUACUCAUGCCAAUAAAGAGAAGUUACCUAUAUAUGAUGAACAUGAACUAUUUUCAAAUAUUUUACAAUAUUUAAAAAAUUUAUUUUAUUUGAUAAAGCCAAAGAAACUCAUAUAUAUAGGUGUAGAUGGAGUGUCACCAAAAGCAAAAAUGAAUCAACAAAGAAAGAGGAGAUUUCUUAGUAUCUUCAAAAUUAAUGAUAAUGAUAAUGAUAAUACGUCUAAUUUGUUUAACCCUAAUUGCAUAACAACUGGAACGGAUUUUAUGUAUAAAAUUAAUUUGUCCUUAAAUAAAUGGUUCAAGAUUUUGAAGAAAAAAAAAGUUUUCGAAUUUGAUGUUAUAUUUUCUGGUUCGGACGUAGCUGGGGAGGGAGAGCACAAAAUUUUGAAAUACAUAAGAGAGAACUGUAAGAGAGAUAGUAACUUUAAAAAUUAUAAUCACUGUAUAUACGGACUCGAUGCCGAUCUCAUUAUGCUAUCACUCGUAACGCACCUGAACAAUAUUUUUAUUUUGAGAGAUAAAUUUAAAAUAAGUAAUGAUUUACACAAUAAUAUGUUAGAAAAUAUCGAAAGAACACAAAACACGUUUAAUAAUGAUGAAUAUAAUUCUUUUAAUGAACCUCAAAAUGAUAACAUAAAUUAUAACGAGGAAGGAGAAAACCUUGAAUUGCAUGAAAAAAGUAAAAAAAACGAAUCUCUUCUUAAAGAGGAAAAUAAUGUUGAGUAUGAAAAUAAUGAGGAGAUGAAUAAUGAUAUAAAUAAUGAGAUGAAUAAUGAGAUAAAUAAUGAGAUAAAUAAUGAGAUAAAUAAUUCAGAAGGUAUGAACAAUAUUUUAGGUGGAUAUAAAAUUCCUUUUCUUCCAAAGGUUCAUAAAUAUACAAAAGAAUAUUACAUGAAAUAUGAAAGCUUAAAUAGUAACGACUUUGAAAUAUUAGACAUAUAUAAAUUGAGGAAUUCUAUUAAGACACAAAUAGCUACAUAUAUAAAUAAAUUAAAAAAAGAAAAAAAUAUCGUCUUCAGCAUAAGUAGAGUGGUUGAUGAUAUUGUAUUUUUAUCUUUUCUUGUUGGUAAUGAUUUCCUUCCCCACAUACCAAACAUUGAUAUUAAUGAAGGAUCCAUGAACGAAAUCUUAAAUUCAUAUAUCUUUUAUAUAUAUAAAUAUUCUAAUUAUAUAACAUAUAAGGAUAAAGUACACAUAGAACGGCUAAAAAUUAUUUUAAAAAUUUUAAGCGCUCAAGAAUUUGAAUAUUUUAAGAAAAGGGGAAUUAAUGAAAAUAUUAGUGAAUUUACGGAUGAACAGAAGUAUAAAAAAUAUUAUUAUCUUCAUAAAUUUGGUCUAGAAGAUCCAAAGGAAAUACAAAAUAUUGUAAAAAAAUAUAUAGAAGGAUUAUUUUGGAAUUUGCAUUACUAUCAUUUUGGAUGUGCCAGUUGGUAUUGGGAAUAUCCAUACCACUAUGCUCCUCUAUGUAGCGAUUUGUUAAGUUUUGAGAAAUCGGAUUUCUUCUUUGAAAAGGGUAAGCCCUAUUCAGCUUUUACUCAUUUGAUAAGUGUUCUACCUCAGAAGGAUAAGAAUUUACUUCCGGAUGCGUACAAAAAUAUUUAUGUGGAAGAUGAAGUAAAGUCGUUUUUCCCGGAAAAUGUAAAAAUUGAUCCCAAUGGAAAAAAAGAAACGUGGGAAUAUAUUGUUCACUUGCCUUUCAUAAACUGCAAUAUGAUUAACAAAAUCAUAACAGAAAAAAGUAAAACGAUCUCCAAGUUGAAAUACAAAUUAAGGGAAUUGAAUGGAAGAGAACACAGAUAUUAA